GAGGGAAGGCUUGAAAAGCGGCAAUCGUCGGUACAAGUACCAGUAGCCAGCAGUGACUUGCAGCUCGACAGCCUCUGCGGUAGUGAUCACAGCAAGUGUUCUUUCGAUGCCGUAGUCCCAAUUAAUGCUUGUACUUACGGAUUUGAUUUACCAUAGAAAUCUCUCUUUAACGAAGAUGGAUUUCAAAAGAAGUGGCAGUUUUGACGAUCUUAUGCCCAGAGCUGCUCCUGUCCCUGAAAGUUUUGCACCUGUACCGUUAUCGACUGUGCCGGAGGUUUCUCUUGUGUUCAGUCCUUCGCCUUCGUCUCGAAUACAACUGAAAGAGAAAUCGCCAUUACAUAAUUUAAAUAAUGCACCAAAGUUGUUCGCCGGUAAUGGUGUUGUUACUGGAAAACAGUUACAUGACAUGUACAAUACUUUGCAAAAUGAAAGAUUGGGAGAAAGAUGUAGCCCUGUGGAAAAUGAUCCGCAUUUGACAAAUACCAAUAUUCAGGCGAAAUCUAGUUGUAUGAAUGAUAAAUCAAUUAGACAGCAAGAUGUGCGAAUCAACUCAAUGAUGCCAGCGGAUCAAAUAUCUCAACCAACUUUUGCACACAAUAUUUCAUAUUUACAAGAUGUUCAUGUAGCUAAAUCAUAUCCAAAUUAUGAGAGAGACGUUGCUCAGAGUGUAAGUACACCACAGACUUUCCAAAAUAGCAGCAAUUAUUCAAUUACUUCCAAUCCUCAAUCAAGGAAGGCAACUGAUAUAAAUGUUGCUGACUUGCAUGGAAGUCGGAUGCCUGAACACCAUUGCUCUGAAAACGUUCAGCAUUCUAGUCAGAUGUGUCAUAGCCCACUUGGAUGUGUCUCCAAUAGACUUCCUCCAACAACUAAAUCUUUUGACUAUUAUUCAUGUGGCAAACAACAGUGUUGCUCAAAUAACGAUAAAUAUGUAUUAGCUCAAGAUAUGAUCAACAAUAGAACAACUUUCAGUGCUCAUUCUCUACCUGCGAUCUCUAAUGUACAACAUACUUUGUCUCCCUCAGAUGCAUGUAAAUAUGGAAAUUGUUGCAUGCACAAUAAGCCACAUACUGAAUCUGUUCGAGAAUUUAAUAAUGAAAAUGUACAUAAUAAUCAGACCGGAAGGCAUUUGAACACUCAGAUUAAUGUGACAAGAAAAAGUAGUGAAUACAACAGACCUGAUUCUGGAAAUAAUGAAGAUGAAUCUACAAUAAAAAGGAACACUCAUUCUAAAGAUGAUAUCGUUCUGUUGAAUGCAAACCGAAGUAAAUGUGAAAUGGAAACAAAUGUGCCUACUUCAAAAGAUAGGUUAUUUAAAAAAGGAAUUGGUGUGGAAAGUUCCUAUGCUGAUACUCAGAAGCAAGAUGCUAGGUGUAAGAAAAGUUAUGAUAGUGUGUCAAACAUUUCACCUGACAGUCCUGGGAAAGAAAAUGACAGAAAGUGUACAGACACUAGUAUACUUAAAGAAAUUGCUUUAAUGAAUCAUAAACAAUGUAGUAUUUUACAAGGCUUAUUGCAACAAGUAGUAGUCAUGCAAGCUGAUCAGAUGAAAAUUCUCAGUGAAAUAAAUGAAAAACUUAGUAAUAAUAGAAUCACAGAAGAUGUUAUACCUAAUAAACAUGUAAAUAGAGGUUCAAUACCAGAAAUAUAUUGCAAGAAAGAAGAUGCUUCAACCCAAACUAUAAUAAAUGAAAAAGUAGAUUUUUGUUGUCAGAAGUAUGAUGGAAGUGAAGUAGUAAUAGAAUCGGUAUGUGAUGUUAUAAAUUCAUCCAAGAAGAAUUGCACCAAUCCAGCUAAGCAAGUGAAUGUAGAUAAUCAAAACAUGAUCUGUCCUCCAAUCCGUGGUGGUCAAGAACAUGAACAGAAUAAAACCAGAAAGAUCCAGGACAGGGCUGUUAGUUGGAGUGCAGUUCAUGGGGUUGAGACAGUUGAAGAAUCAUUUACAUUGCAUGGAGUUUGUAUGCCUACUGUGGUCGAGCAAUUACCCAGUUCUGUUCACACAAUGCACCUCCAUGUUCAAGACUAUCAUUCUUCUGCAUCUUUUGACAGUAUCAAGGAAAGCAGGUUUAUAAAUGAUGGGAGUUUUGAAAAUGGGCAAGAUGGUCAGAAAGGAAGUUGGACUUUGUAUGACAAUAUAGUAGGUCAUGUUAAGAAGUUUCUUCAGACUGUUCCUUGUGAAAAUGGAAGUACAAUACAAAAAACACCUCAAGUGGAAGCUAUCAGAUUUGCAACUAUUGAAAAAAUUAGGCAAUUGGGUGUGAGUGUCUAUGAAAAUUCUUCUGAAUUGAAAGAGGUAAAUGCCCCAGGGAAAAUUCAUUUUGAUUCCAAUAUAGCAUCUCAAUCUCCCUAUCCAGAAUGUACACCUGUUGAGAAAAGUAGAAGUGAUGGUAGUAUGGAAUUACAAGCUCUAGCUCUAAAAUAUUUACAGGAUGAUGAUCUCUCUGAUCUCAUGAAAUGGAAUCAAAGUUAUAAAAAUGCUAGUAUUUUGAAACCUAGUCAGAAAUCUGCUAACAUUUCCCUAGCCACUCAACAUUAUCUUGAAAAAUAUCAAUUGCUUCCAAUAGGUUCAGAUUACAUAGAGAAACAGCAAAUUGCUAAUUGUGUUGAAGACAACAUUCUUGAUAUUACUACAUUGAAGAAGCAACCUAAAUUACUUUAGAUCGACAAAAUUACUGAUUGCUCAUAAUUAUAAUGUUCUUGAUUUUUUAAUAAAUAUGUUUUAUAUAAUUUGUUAAUCUGAUCUUUAUAUAAACCUCAUUAUCUCAUUGGUAUAUUUGAGCGAAAAGCUUAUUUUAAACUCUAAAUGUUUGAAUUUUGUACAAUACAUUGUUAUUGAAUAUCGGGUGGUGACAACCAAAACCAGUGUAUGAAUAGUUCGUUCUGGAUCAAGGAACCAAUUAUGUAACUAAAAAAUUUGUCUAUGUAGUCUUUGUCAUAACCAUCAGUGUUAAAAAUAUUCUCUCAAAACUCUGGCAGUGCAUUAUUAACAUAUUUUAAAACCCACAAUCUGGUUCAAAUAAAGAGAUUUGAUAAUAUUGGCAAUAAGUAACAUUUUAUUCAUCAGGAAUUCCAACAU